AUGACGAUAAUAUGUAUGCGGAUUGAUGUUACAUCAACAGAUUGUUCGUUAGAAAAAAGAGAAGAAUAUGAUACAAUUUCAAACGAUUACUAUUAUUCCAGAAAAGUAAUAGCCAUUCACGCAACGUACACAUGUCAAUGUGUCGAAUUCCCAUUCAAUAAACCUUUGCCAUGGAACAAUGAGUGGAAGAAGUCUGUAAUAAUCGAAUAUUCCAAUUUGACAGUUAUCGAUUCUGCGGAAUUUUUAGAUAUUUCUGAUGUUAUGCAUCUAACUUUAUCCGGCAAUCACAUCAAAGCUAUAUUACCAGGAGCUUUUACAGGACUAACAUCGUUAAAAACAUUACAAUUGGAUAAUAACAAAUUAACGGAUUUACCACAAAAUAUUUUCAAUUCUUUAAUCGAUUUGUCAAGUUUAGACGUUUCUAAUAACGAUAUCAAACAAAUUCAUCCCCACUUUUUAAUCGGUAUAUUGAACUUGAGCUCUUUAAAUCUAUCUCAUAAUUCUUUAAGGUACUUCAACUAUACAUUUCUGAGCCAAAAUUAUAAUUUAAAUGAAAUUAAUUUAAGCCAUAACAAUAUAUCAGACUUGAUUUUAAAUAAAACCGAUUUAAGUAUAAGUAAAUUAGAUGUGUCUUAUAAUAAUUUGUCUGUUAUUAAUUUAUGUGUACCUGGUGUGAAUAAACUAGACGCUAGCUUCAACAAGAUUCGAUUUAUACUGUCAGACUGUUCGAAUUCACUUACGAAACUGGAUCUCAGUUACAACUUGUUAACCGAGACAAAUAUUAAUAAUAUUUCCGAAUUAACGUCGUUGAAUUAUUUAAAUCUCGCUGGAAAUAAUAUAACUUUCGUUUCGUCUAGUGUAUUUGCUAAUUUAAUUAAGUUGGCACGUUUAAAUUUAUCUCACAAUAAAUUGAGAACUUUAAGUUACGGAAUGUUCGAUAAUAUGAGAUAUUUGGAGCACCUGGAUAUUUCUUACAAUAAUUUAACGUCGUUGAAACGGUAUUUACACUCUCUUGUGACAUUAAAAACUUUAGAUGUGAGUAAUAACAAUUUGAAAAGUAUCGAUAGCAAGCAAAUGUUGGUUGAAAUGCCUAUGUUGGAAAGCAUAAAUUUAGAUCGUAAUAAUUUCGCUUGUAAUGUAUUGAUUGAGAUAUUUCACGAUUUAAACGGAAAAGUGUUGAAGAGUAAUAAUAACAUAGGGUCAAAUAUUCGCGGUAUUUCUUGCGAUGAAUACGAAUUUGACGUGAAAGAUGACGGUUCUAAAUUGAAAGGCGUAAUUACGUUUUUGGAAGACGCGAUUUCUUCGAAAUUAGAAAAAUACGAGGGACGCGAGUUCGAACGUAGCUUCAUGUAUAAUUAUUUCAAUAAAGAUUUCAAGGAAAGUAAUUUUUAUAAGUAUUUGGAAAGUCUUAAUUUGAGUAAUUUAAAUGAUACUGCUUUGGUGAAAUUUUUUAACGACGAUUUUCCCAAUAGUCAAUUUUAUAAAUUUUUGGAAAACUUGGAGAAAAGUGAAAAUUUCACGUUGGAAUUUAAUAGAAGUAUUUAUAAUUAUUUCAAUAGAAACUUCAGUGAUACUAAUUUGGUGAAAUAUUUAGAAAAAUAUAAGGAUUUCAUCGGGAACGAUAUUGAAAAUACGGGCAUGUUCAAUUUCUUUAACGAAGGUUUUAAAAACACUACUUUUUAUCGGUACAUGGAAAAUUCGAAAUUAAACUUCGACACCAAGCAACAAAAUGUGAAUAGUGAAUAUUUUCAAAAACCCGAAGAAAAAACAACAAAUUAUUUUUUAAUUCUAUCAGUAAUUGUCGUAUUAUUAAUUAUAUCAGUUACAAUUAAAGUAAUAAACUUUUAUAAAAAUUUUAAACAACACAUGAUUAUAGAAAGGGAACAAGUCGAACUUGUCGGCAAUAAUGUCUAAUAAAAUAUAAAUUUAAACUAUUAUUCCUGCCUAUUUGGGCGAAAUCUUGACCUUAAUUCGUCAAUAAACACCAACUUUCAUUAUUGGCAUCUAAAGGUCGAUUCACACAUAUCUGUGCCGUCACGUACCGUACCGUGACCUUCAGUGGAAAAAAAUGUCCUUGCAGUGGUCGGUAAUUUGGGUAUUUAACGGUUACUAACGGUUGUGACGUAGAAAGUAAGUAAAUACUGAAACGUGAACGCCGCGUGUCGCCUUUCAAACGUCAUUCUGUUGUUGUGACUGGAAAUAAUUGUUUGUGCGUUCAGUACUCUUGAAAAUAAUCCACCAGAGAAUAUAUCGAAAAUGUAAAGAACAACUAGAUGAAACGCAGUUUGGAUUUGGAGAAGGAUUAUUCGCUAUUACAACAGAAAUGCAGAGAAUACAACAAAAAUGUAUAUGUCUGUUUCAUUGAUUUCCAGAAGGUUUUCGAUAAAGUCCAACGCGAUAAACUUAUAGAGAAUUUAACAAUUAUUAACUUAAAUCCAAACGAUAUACGAUUAAUCAAAAAUAUCUAUUACAAUCGAAAGAAAGACAACAACUUUAGGUUUUGCCGAUGAUACUGCUAUAAUGACCGAUAGCGAAGAAGAUAUUCAAUUCUUUUUAGAGAUAAUCAACCGAGAAUGGGAAAAUUUAGGGGUUCAGUUAUAAACGAAAUGCAUUUGUCAAGUACUCCUCAAUGUUUGCAGAAUAGGAUUCAUGGAAUGUUAUGUGUGGUCAGUGCUGCUGUACGGAGUGGAAACUUCGACCUGGAAAGCUCAAAAUACUUGAGGUAUUGAGAUGUGGCUCUAUAGACGCAUCCUCCCAUACAGGAAACCCCACAGUUGACAAAGGGGCCAGUCCUGGGAAGGCUAGCUACGGCGUACCUGUAUUGGCCCGUGCGUGGGUCAGUGGGCCAGACUACAGACUACUUAAUUCAGCUUCGGCCAUACGAAUGAUUACCCAGGCUUGGCACAAGAUUUUUACAGCAGUAGUAAUAAUAAUUUAGAAAGUAAUAGCAGUAAAGAUAAAGAAGACAAAGUUAUGUAAUGAAUAAGUCUUGGUAUCUAACUUUGGCCCGGUCCUAUCAGUUAAGGUUGGCUAAGUCUUGGCGACCAAGCUUGGCCCAUCGUUAUCACUCCAGAGUUUGACCAAGACUGGACCAAGCCUGGCUUAUAAGCUUGGCCCAGAAUUCUACAUAGUUGUGCCAAGCUUGGGCCCUUGAAACUUUCCUCUAUGAGCUGAAGAUACCCUGGACUGAUAGAAUCACCAACGACGAAGUACUAAGACUCAUUGAUCGCAAAAGAAAGCUGUUGACAAUUAUUAAGAUAAGAAAACAUCUUACAAAGGACACAUCUUACACAACUACAAAUACCUACUGCUACAGAACAUAAUGCAGGGCACAGUAGAGGGAAAAAAAGGCAUCGGCAGGAAGAAUGAAUCCUGGCUGCGUAACAUAAAAGAAUGGACAAAUUUCGGUGUUGGAGAAUUGUUUCGUGGUGCGAUGGACAGAGACGCAUUUAAAAACGUGGUCACCAACCUUCAAUGAGAAGACGCCAUGAGAAGAAAAAGAAGAAUCGUUCUCUAGCUUUUCAUUACUAAAUAUGUUCUGAAAUAACUUUGAUGGAAUUGGAAAUUGAUCCCUUCAUUGAGAAAAUGGCAUGAAAAGAAUUACGAUUUGUGUUUAAAAUGUAGAUUAUAACUUUAGAGGUUAUGUUUUGAUUAAAGCUUUCAAUGUUAACAACAUUUGUAUUAUCUUUCAGUGCUGGUCGAAGUUAUACGAUUAUUUUUGUCUUUUUAAUGCCAACGGACGAGGUGCUUCACGAAAUACCCUUUUUCGGUCUUUCUGGCAAUCGAAUUUGGUUGUAACAGCAAUUUUUUUGCAUUGUGUUAGUUUCUACCACACCAAUAGAUAAAACUUACAUUAAAAUGGUCUUCACAAACAUAUACUGAGCUAUCAGGUUUGACGCUAGCAUAAUCCCUUCUUAUAGCUUGAAACCAUUGUUUUCGUCGCUUUUCCUCUCGAGGGAUUCGCACGAAAAAUUUAUUUGGUGUUUUUGUGCCAGUGUUUGUACAUUCUGGUACAUUGCGCCAACGAUACGUCAUCUUGUAUUCUACAAAAUUGAAUACUCACAGACUGUGUGAGUAGUUUUUUUUAAAGAAUCUAAACAACUCUGUUUAAACUGUAUUUACUUCUAACCUCACUUAAGUCUGUUUACUUACUUUCUACGUCACACACGUCACGUAACAACAAAUGCGUUUUGACGAGUCAUUCAUCAAAUAUCUUCGACACUAUCAGUGCCCUUCCGGUAUCCACCGUGAAAAUAAGAAAUACGUCUUGGGCGAUUUUUUUAGUUUAAUUUCCACCUGUAUUUUAUUAAGAAUUUCGCCAGCCAAAAUUUUUUUUCCACUGAAGGUCACGGUACGGUACAUCACGCGGCACGGAUAUAUGUGAAUCGACCUUAAUACAGUUUUUGUGUUAUCGAUCUGAAUUUAAUCUUGUUGCAUGAUUGCCACGUGCUAGACAUAGAACUCUUAUGCCCCAACGACACCUUGGUUAUUUGUAAUGAACAUCGCUAGUGACAAACAAAGCUCCAAAUCACAAUUAGCGAACGUUCCCGAUCGGCAAACAUGGCGGACGACGAGCUUGUGGCAGCUCUUACUUUCAAGUCAACAUAUUUUUAUUACAAAUUCAAGCAAAAUGGAAUAAAAAGAAAAAGAAAAAAGCGAAAACGAUGGUGGAUAACCAAACACCGAAUACUGCCGAACGCCAACAGGCAAACAACGAUAAACACCCAUCGAUACUUUCGUGGUCGCUGUUUGCUGAUUGACAAGCGUGUGAAUGGGGCUUUAGUGAUUUUGUGUAACAUGAUACUUUAAUGUUGUAAGUUUGUACUUUUAUACAGCACCACCUUGUAACAUUCGAGCGCCCAUUAAAAUUAAUUUUUCUUUUCAAUGAUAUUAUUUUUGUGUGAGAUACUCAUAACCAAAAAUAUUGUGUAAUAUUUAUUGAUAUAUGCCUAGUUCAUGUUCGUGCUGUGUUUUAAAUUUGCAAUAUUGACAAUUGAACUGACAAAGACAGUCAUUGAACAAAAUCUACACAAAGUGUAAGUGAAAUCAUUGCUCGCGAAUUAAGGAAAAUUACAUUCUAAGCGCAGGCAGCCAUGUUGCAUCAACCUACGGUGUUGUAAGAUCUACUGUUAUCAAAAUGAGGUAAUCGUGUCAGAUUUUUCCUUUUUUUAUUUGUAUUUUUUAUAACUUCAAAAUAAAUACGGCCGUUAAAAUUUAUUUUCAAUUUAUUGAAUUGAAUGUAACCAUAUUUUAUAUCAUAAGGUAGAAAAAAACAUCACAAUAUGGCAACUUUGUAAAACAUUUGUCGUAUUAUUUUUAUACAGGGUGAUUAUCAAUAUUAUUAGUACUACUAGUAAAUAUAAAAAUAGAAAGAAAAACGUGAUUACGUUGAUUAACACCUUCUUUUUACAAACAAAACGAAUUUUUUUGAGAAAUAAAUGAACAUUUAUUGCUAUUAUAUGUACAUAUGUUUAUAUACUUUCUAACCAAUAGGACAACGUCGAAUAAUUUUCGAUGAAUAGUAAUUUUUGGCUUCAAUUUUUUUCCUGUUUAUAAUUUGAACAAUUAUGUUAGUUAUAUAUGUAUCGUUUAUAUUUAAUAGUAUUUUUAUAAAAAAUUGUAACAAUCAUAAUAUAAAUAAAAUUUUA